AUGUCCUUUACACAUGCUACGAUCGUAUAAUGUCUCUAGUGACUUGUGGCAGAUUUUUCCGGCCUUGCCUGAGUCGGGUUAGACCAGCAUUGAGUUCUCCAGGCCGGGCCGGGUUUCGACUGUACAGUUCUUUCGAAAAAAGACCCAAUGUUGCAGUCAAUCGAGUGUUCACUCGGCCUGCAUCAGGCAGUAGUCAGAGCUCAGCCGGUGGAUUUAUGGGUGAUAAUGGGAUGUUGAUUGUUGGAAUCGGAUUGCUUGGAGGUUCUCUAUUAUACCUUGUAUACAGUGGCAUGUUUAACCCUUAUGAAUCUCCCUCAUCAAAACCAGCAGUUUCUGAGGAUGCUGCAGUAGAGCUGCCUGCUGAUGAGGCAGUUCCAUCAGAAUCAACCAAAGAAGAGAGCCCAGCUGUCAAAGAACCAAAAGAAGAGACAAGUCAGGAAAUUACCUCACAACAAGAUGCACCACCCCCCUUGCCAGAAAUUCCAGAACAUGCAACAUAUAUCUUGGUGGGUGCUGGCACAGCUUCCUUUGCAGCCUACAGAGCCAUCAGGAAAGCUGACAAGUCUGCAAAGGUGCUGAUCAUAGGAGAUGAAGAGUAUCCGCCAUACAUGCGGCCUCCACUUUCUAAAGAGCUGUGGUACUGUGAUGAUGAAGAACUGGUGUCAGAUCUGAAGUUCAAACAGUGGAAUGGAAAGGAAAGGGGAAUAUUUUUUGAACCAGAGAUAUUUUUCUGUAAACCUGGUGAAUUACCAAGUAAGGAGACGGGUGCAGUUGCUCUGCUCAAAGGGAAAAAGGUUGUAGGAAUUAACAGUAGAGAACAAAAAGUCAAGUUAGAUGAUGGAGCAGAGAUUGGAUACGAUAAACUGCUUUUGGCCCCAGGUGGUAUUCCAAAGAACCUGCCCAUUUUUAGAGAAAGCAGUGACGAAGUCAAGAAGAGAACAACAUUAUUUAGAAAGAUUAAAGAUUUCAAGGAGCUUGAUAAAGCUGUCAAAGAUGCCAAAUCUGUGGUUGUUGUUGGUGGAGGCUUUCUUGGAAGUGAACUGGCCUGUGCACUUGGCCACAGAGGAAAGAAAACUGGGAUGAAUGUGAUGCAAGUAUUCCCAGAGGAUGGAAACAUGGGAAAAGUGUUGCCAAAAUAUCUUACAGAAUGGACAACUAACAAAGUCAGGAACGAGGGUGUGGAUGUAAAACCAAAUUCCACAGUAGAACAUGUGUCAUUUAGCGAUGGCCAAAUAAACCUGAGACUUAACUCUGGUGAUGAGAUCAAAGCAGAUCACAUAAUUGUAGCAGUAGGUCUGGAACCUAAUGUAGAGCUUGCAAGUGCUGCUGGGCUUGAAGUGGACCCAAUCCUUGGUGGUUAUCACGUGAACUCAGAGCUGGAAGCAAAGUCUAAUAUUUGGGUGGCAGGUGAUGCUGCUUGCUUCUAUGAUCCGAACCUUGGCCGACGAAGAGUUGAACACCACGAUCACGCUGUGGUCAGCGGCCGACUGGCGGGAGAAAAUAUGACUGGCUCUAGGAACCCAUAUUGGCAUCAGUCCAUGUUUUGGAGUGACCUGGGUCCUGAUGUUGGAUACGAGGCUAUUGGUCUUGUAGAUUCCAUGCUCCCCACCGUGGGAGUCUGGGCCAAGGCGACGAAAGCAGACACUCCUAAAGCUGUAGUGGAGGCCACGGGAGAAAGUUUACGUUCAGAAACCGAAGGCGAGGGUGCUGCCUCUUCUCCGGUUUCCACUGAGCCACCCGCUCCAGUCUCCGCUGAAUCAUCGGAGGAGUUUGGUAAAGGUGUCGUGUUUUACGUGAAAGGAAAAAGAGUUGUGGGAGUCGUCCUGUGGAACAUCUUCAACAAAAUGCCGAUCGCUCGAAAGAUCAUCAAGGAAGGCAAAGAUCAAGAUGAUCUCAAUGAACUCGCGAAGCUGUUUGAUAUCCACAAAGCGGGCUAAUUCAACGCGUUUUACCUGUUUUCACGGACGUUUUUUUGAAGAGUUGGACAAUGUUGACAAAUAGCCUUGGUAGAAACGCAGGCUCUUGUCAGCGGAUGUAAAAAGGGUCGAAGUGGUAACGGGUGUACUAUCACCAUUAAGGUCCCAGAUGGUUGUAACGACCUUAUGUUGUGAUAGAAAGACUGGUGAAUUUUUACGUUUAGUCGAACAGUCUUAUUUGUUAUAAAAUGCGAAUUGCUCAGUGGCGAGGGAAGUGUAGAAUAAAUUCUGAUAAUAAAGAUCUAUAUUUUUACGUCAAGA